CUCGAUCGUGCUCGGCUUCGCUCGGCUCUCUAUUUCUCCCCCUCCCCUCACCCUUCUACCCGACAGACGCUCCGUGAACGCGUCGCGCGGCACGAAGAGCGGUGGUGGGGGUAUUGGCCGUAGCUCCACUCGCUCGUCGGACGUCGUCGCGUACAGAUGUGCUGUUAUCUGUUGUUUAUUACACGCGAGCGAUAGUGUACCAUCCAAACGCGCGCGUUUACAUUCUGUGGUGUUUCUCCAUUGCUCGAUUACUUUCUUUUCUUUAUCUAUCGAGCUUUAUCUUCUUCUAUUUGACAAAGAAAAAAACGAUACGAACUAACGAACGAACGAACGAACGAACAAACGAACGAACGAACGAACGAACGAACAUACGAACGAACGAACGAACGAACGAACUAACGUACCAACGUACGAACGAACUAACGUAAGAACGUGACGGAAAGUCAAUGGUGUGUGUGAACAAGAGAGUUUAGUGUGACAGUGCACGGAUAUGAAUUCUCGAGACGACCGCCAUGCGUCUCCUUCGCCAACGAAGGAUCCUUCCUGGAGACACGGAUUGAUGCCACGGGAUCGUUUCUACGGUGAAGAGCCACUCGAUCGUCCUAACUUAUCGUCUUCAACUCGAUGAAGAACGAUUGGCCAAGACGACGGCUCUCGACGGUGAGGAUCUGUUUUCUUAAAAAGGAAAGAUUAUAAAAAAGGAAGAAUCGAUACAUCAACAAAGUAGUUCGCGCCUUUUUUUUAAUUAACUUCUGCCUUCUACAUCGUCGAGAGAGGGAAGCAGAGAAAGAAAAAAAGAAAGAAGGAAAGAAAGAAAGAAAGAAAGAAAGAAAGAAAAAAGAGAGAGGGAGGGAGAAAGAUAGAUAGAGAGAGAGAGAGAGAGAGACAUUGUGUGUUCAACGAGAAGGAUAGUGUAUUAUCUCAAGGAUCUAAGAGUAAGAGUGAAAAAGCCGAGUAUCCGAUUUUUUGACGGUUGUGAUAAUUCGGAUCUACUUCGAAUUGGUUUGAAAUCGAUAAAAAAAAAAAAAAAAAGAAAAAAAAAAAUAAAAAACGUGACACGCAAGUGGUGGCCCACGAGGAAAGAUAAACCUCGUAAGUUUUCUUAAAGAUUUUCUUCCCAAGGAGAUUGUAAGAUCGACCAACCCACGGCAUGCCGUGGCUCGAGGUCGCGACUUCCAAACGUCGACGUUCCUUUGACGUGAAAGUACUCAGAAAGGAGAGGCACGAAGGAGGAUGUCUGAAAGUCAAAGUGGCUGGAGGUCGUGCUUCGACUAAUCUCAGAUCAAGAUAGCAGUGCAACUUGUAAUCGCGUAUUAUACCACCACCGAUACCACGAGCCAACCAUGCCGCGUGCUUACAAUUGGGCCUUGCAAGAUCAUUCCCGAUAACUUCGAAAACGUUCCAAUACUAGGGAGACGCAUUGCCACGAUUAUUCCACCAUUUCGAGACUCCAGACGUUCGAUGUUAAUUCAAGAGAACCGGAAGAAGAGAACCGGUUUCCGUAUAGUCGGACCACAGUAAGGUCCGCGAAGGGGUUAGUGGGAGCAAGAUAAAAGAAGAAACGGGAGUUAGAGCGAGAAAGCAAGAGAGUGAGCGAGAGGUAGGACCCAAAAGCUUUUGUUUUUCGUCGUGACAAGCUGUCGGUGGGCUCCUUGGGCCCACCUCUCAUCGGUCAAGCUGGCGAGCGCUCUAACCGCUGGUAUGAACCCCCACCACCCGGGCCACCCCGCAGCCUACCCCCACCACUCGUCUUUGUCAAGUAGUCCGCAUCAUACAGGCCCCGGUGGGCCUCACCAUGGCUAUGGAGCGAACGGUGGCGGCGGAGGAGGUGGUGGUGGCGGUGGUGGAGGCACCACAACAACCCCGGACCUACCGAGUCCUCAUUCGCCACCCCAUGGAGUUGCCACGGACCCGGCUACUCCGUAUGGCUCUCUACAGGCAGGACAAGGUAUGGGCGCCAAUGGACAUCACCAUGGAGCCGGUAGUAUGAUGACCGACCAUCCGCACCAUCCGGGACAUCCUCAUCCCCAUCUACCAGGUCAUCCUGCUUACCCACCGGUCAAUCACAAUAACAACUGUACGCUUAAGCAAGAAGGCGGUCCAAGUGCACCAACGAGCACUCAGUUAUGCGCGGGUUGUGGCGGUCAGAUAGUCGAAAGAUGGCUGUUACUCGCGAUGGAUCGCUAUUGGCAUAAUGGCUGUUUGAAGUGCACAUACUGUAAUGCGGCCCUAGCGGAAAUCGGCCACUCGUGCUACACCAGAAGCGGCAUGAUCCUCUGCAAGAACGACUACAGAAGAAUAUUUGGCAGUAGCGGUGCUUGCGCAGGUUGUGGCAAUCCGAUACCUGCCAAUGAAAUGGUCAUGAGGACGGGUGGAUCGGUGUUUCACUUAAAGUGUUUCACCUGCAGCAAAUGCGGUGGUCAGCUUGUUUCGGGCGACAGGUAUUAUCUACUAUCAGGUUCACCGGUUUGUGAAACGGACUGGCACAAGAUAUUGAAAU